AUGCAGCUCUUACUUCUCCUCCUCGCCGGUCUUUUUGCGACCCUGACCUCCGCAUGCGGUUUUCCCUUCAACAACAAUCGUCUCACCAACAGCUCCUUAGUCGACGACUUCAUCGCCGACCUGGAAGUAUCUGGACAGCUCGGCGAUAAUGGCGGCCAAGGCUGGAUGUCAGUCAUCAACGAUCGGAUUCCAGAUAGAACGGUCUGGCCCGAUCUGGGCCCCGAAAAUGACCCAUACGUUUGGAUCGAUUACUGCUAUGCCACUGAGAAGGACUAUAACGAGCUCCACGACGUCGUGGAGGACGCAGCAAAAGAGUGGAUGACCAAGUUGGGCAAAGGUAAAGACAAUGGACAUCGAUUUGCUGGAUUCCGUCACUACUACUACGAGGGAGUUUAUCCACGUUGUGAUAAGGAUGACGAGUGGAACGAACUCCAACUAUUGGAUUCAUCCCAGAGACACAGGGACGACCACGUCAACUUCGACUGCUCCAAACUCUACGGCUACGAGACUGCCAAGAAGAAAGUGGAGACUGAGCCCGCGUGGGAGGGGAAGACCAUUGAGGACGUCUGUGGAUCCAACUGGUUGGGAUACAUGCACGGCCUCCAUUUUGCAGCACCAACCGCGUACUGUACCGACAUGGGUCUUGCAAAAGAUGACAGGACACCAUUGGCACAGUACUCGGAUACGACAUACAACUAUGACUCCAUCAUGCACUACUACUCUCAAGCGUUCGCUGCAAAUCAGCGAGGUGCCGUCAACGAGCUACCCCUUGUACGCUGGAAGAAUGGACGACCCAGUGACGGUUCGGGGCCGAACGAUGAGAACGCACAGAUCAUUCCAACUUGGAGCGUUAUUUCGGAUGGAGAUAAGAGCGGUGUUCAGCAUUAUUAUCCGUACGCGGGACCUACAGAAAAUGAACAGGAUCAAGGCGUACAGGAUGUAGGAGUAUGGGGUUAG